AUGUUCGAUCUUAUAUUUUCUUGGAUUGAAGCAGCUGAUAAAUGUUUCAGCCAAGAUACUGUUGAAAAAAUUAUUGAUGCUCUGGAAAAUGAGGCGGCAGAGUCUUAUGAUGAAUGGAGUACAACAGCCCUCAAGAAACUGAAAGAGGCAUCCCCGUUGAGUUUAAAAGUCACUUUACAAUCUAUACGAGAAGGUAGGUUUCAAUCUCUGGACCGUUGUCUUGUUCGUGAGUAUCGUUUGUCCUUGAAUUGGAUCACCAAACAGGUCUCUAAUGACUUCUGUGAGGGCGUUCGUGCACGACUGGUUGAUAAGGAUUUUGCUCCAAAGUGGGAGCCUUCAAGUUUAGGAGAAGUGACGAAGGACAUGGUUGACUACUAUUUCGCUCCCCUCGAUGAAUCUGAGCCUGAAUUGGACUUGCCCACGGCAUUGAGAGAACCGUCUGUUUAGAGUUCCCACCAUAUUUUCCACAAGGGGAACUGUUAAAUUUUGGAAUUGUCAUAGGCAUGGGCGGAGCUUUGCAUAGAAUAGUGGGUUCAAUUGAAACCACUCAACUUUGAAUUAUUUUUUUAGAAUUAUGUAGUAUUAUAUAAAAUUUUUGAGAGGUUGUCAUAAAUUGACACUAUUAAA